AUGUCGCAAAAGGGCCAGAAACAGCCUGCUAAAAUGACCCAAAACACUACGGUACGACCCCCACAAACCAAUGGCACUAGUGCCCCGAGAACAACCCCCAGUACGGCCAGACCCGGUUCCUUCUCUGCCGCAGACUUGAACCGCAUUGUUCUCGAAUAUCUCAGCAAAAAGGGCUACCAUCGCACCGAAGCAUGUCUGCGCGUCGAAAGCUCACGCACUUUGACUCCGCAAAAUGCGCAAUCUCCCGGUACAACUGCGACUGGGACAUUUCCAGCUCCAGACCAAAGUGCCGCCACGCCGAACUCGCGUGCAGUGUCCAACCCAGUCGGUGUCAAGAGAGACGCUAGCGGCAACUUGGUGUCUCAACACGCCGGUAAUUCGCCCCAGCAUUACUUCCUCGCCUAUUCCAUGCUCAAAAAUUGGGUCGAUUCUUCCUUGGACAUGUACAAACCGGAACUGACCCGUAUCAUCUACCCAAUCUUCAUAUACGUGUUCCUCACUUUGGUCACCAAAGAUCCGGUGCAGGCGCGGCGGUUUUUCGACAAGUUUUCUAACGAUUACCGCGCAUUCCACGCCUCCGAGAUCAACAAACUCUUCUCGGUAAAUUCUGUUGAUCAUAUCAAGGAAAACGAGCUGGCACAGGGGUUUCAAUCUAACAAGUACCGAAUCACCAUUUCUCGCACCACUUUGAACUUGCUGCUAUACUUCCUCAACGAAAAUGAAAGCGUUGGUGGGUCCCUCUUAAUCAGCAUAAUUAAUCAAAAUUUGGACCCCAAUAUAGUUGAGACUAUCACAUCUCAGGAAACCCUUACAGACGGUAUCAAGGACGUGUCCGCUGGUGCAGUCGAUGUCGACGCCCAUAAUGCGCAACCCGUUAAACUGGGACAAUUCCCAAUGGACGAAGAAUUUCAAAAAGAGGUCGAGAUGGAAUUAAAACGGAAAGAGGAACAAGAAAAAUUGGACGCGGAAGACCCUGGAUCUCAUAAAAGUUUGGUUGAGGAAUUUCGAGAAAUGAACAAAACUGCGUUCGAUGAGACAACUGCUCUUUCAGAAGAGAAAAAAGAUGGCGCCACCUCUUCUGCUUCUGCCGCGGUGGCCACCGCAGUCGACACUGACAAGAAGGACGACAUAAAGAAAAACUCCAACCUGGAAUCGCCUGCGCGUGACUCCUUGCCGCUACCUUUGAAAACGGCCAUGGAUCUGAAACUGGAAAUUCAAAAAGUGAGAGAAUCCAGAGACGCUAUAAGGCUAGAUAACUUACAGUCCGCCGCUCCUAGCGUCUGCAUGUACACUUUCCACAACACCAAUUACGAAAUGACAUCGCUGGAAUUUAGCGACGAUGUCAGGCUCGCGUCUGCGAGCUUUCAAGACAGCAUGAUCAAGAUUUGGUCACUAGAUGGGAAUCCACUUAACAAUCUUCUACCUUCUAAACAACAGAACAAGAGCAAUACUGCAAACUUGAUUGGACAUAGUGGCCCCGUGUAUUCCACAUCCUUCAGCCCCGACAACCGGUACCUUCUAUCGGCGUCAGAGGACAAAUCCGUACGGCUAUGGUCCAUGGAUACUUUCACAUCUUUGGUAAACUACAAAGGUCACGAUCAUCCCGUCUGGGAUGUUGCAUUUUCGCCACUGGGCCAUUAUUUUGCCAGUGCAUCUCAUGACCAAACGGCAAGACUGUGGUCGUGCGAUCACAUAUAUCCACUGCGCAUUUUUGCCGGUCAUUUGAACGACGUUGACACGGUCUCUUUCCAUCCAAAUGGGACAUACGUGGUGACUGGAUCUAGCGAUAAGACUUGCAGGAUGUGGGAUUUGAGCAGUGGUGACUCAGUACGGCUGUUCUUGGGACAUACUGCCGCUGUCACUUCGACAGCGGUCUCUCCGGAUGGAAGAUGGCUCUCUACCGGAAGUGAAGACGGUAUUAUCAAUGUAUGGGAUAUUGGAACGGGUAAACGGCUCAAGCAGAUGAGGGGACAUGGUAAAAAUGCAGUGUACUCGUUGUCGUACAGUAAAGAGGGGAACGUCCUCGUCUCUGGUGGUGCUGAUCAUUCCGUCAGAGUCUGGGAUCUCAAGAAAUCCACUGCAGAGCCUACCGCAGAACCUGAGCAGCCCUUGACGGGUUUCACUGGAGACGUUACGUCCUCAGUAAAUCUUGAUGUGAAAGAUUUUGGUCGCAGAAGAACGAUUGUGCCGACAAAUGACCUUAUGGCUUCAUUUUACACAAAGAAAACACCGAUUUACCGUGUGAAGUUCACAAGAAGCAAUUUAGUCCUGGCAGGCGGCGCAUUCAGAGAGUAA